GGCCCGCGGGAGGGGCACAAGUUCUAGGGAGCGGCCCUCGCUUGUGAAGGUAUCUGCACGUCCAUCCAGCCCUGGUCCGGCCCCUCCCCGCAGCAAGGAUGCUCCUGGGGUUUCGCAGAGGCCGCAAGAGCCAGUUUAAACACAUCAUCCAUGGCCUCCUACCUGCAGCCAGCAUCGCACCGAAGCCAGCUGUGCCCCGCACGCCUCCUCCCCGCAGUCCCAACCCUUCUCCAGAGAGACCAAGGUCUGCCCUGGCUGCAGUCAUCCUCACAACAAGCCUGACAGGCCGGACUGUUGCCAUUCCUCAGCCUCGUCAGAGAUCCCUGUCUGAGAGUGACGCGACCUCUGUGGACAAGGACAGUUUCAUCGAGCCCUAUGCCACCACCUCAGAGCUGAGGCUUCAACCAAAUUGGCAGAAUGAGACAAGAAGAACUUCUUUGCCGUCCUUUGAAAUGCUGGGCUACGGGGAGGAGGAUUCCGACACACACCUGUCGUCCAGCUGCAUGGACUCGGCUGAUGUCGGCACCCGCAGGGAAGAGGGAGGUCUCGGGGAGGCUGUGUAUGCCGUGCCCCACAGAAAUCAGGGUAGUUUGGGCAAACAUCUUCAUGGGAAGUGUGCACCCGCCCAGAAAUGGCCUAACAUGGAAAGCAAGUCUUGUUUUCAGCAGUUUUCUUACUGGUGCCACCCAAAAGUUCCGUUGUCACAUACGGUGGACAGUGAAGAUGAGGAAAAUAUUUCUGAGCAAGAUGAGUUUCCAGGCUCACCUCAUACACCACGGCGUACACAAGAAAUAGAUGGCAAACCUUCGGUUCUGAAUUUAACGGAUGAAAAACCACCAUUAUGUGAAAAGCCUCCACCGUCCCCAGAUAUAACCGGUAGAGCACGGCAGAGAUGUUUAGAAAUAACCAAAGAGAAGUUCCAGGAAAUAAAAGAAGAAAACUUGCAUCUAAGCAAUGCAAAUCAAACCCUUACUCUUGAACUUAACAUAGUAAAACAAGCAUUGAAAGAACUACAGUUAAAACUGAAAAGAACAGAAAAAGAAAAUCGAAAGUUGAAAGAGGCUAAGAAAGCAUCCUCUCAGGAAGUCACUGCACCUGAACUACUUUGUCUAAGGAAACAGGCUCAAGAAUUAGUGGAUGAAAAUGAUGGGUUGAAAAUGACUGUCCAUCGUUUGAAUGUGGAACUGAGUAGAUAUCAGACAAAAUUCAGGCAUUUAUCCAAGGAAGAGACUUUAAAUAUCGAUGGCCUCCCAUCAAAGGGUCCAACACCACCCUGGUUGUUGGAUACAAAGUACCUGUCACCCUUGUUACUGGCAUAUGAAGACAGGAUGAAAGAGAAGGAUGAGCUCAAUGCCACCCUUCAGGAGGAAAUGAGGAUGUUUAGGAUGAGGGUCCAGGAAGUGGUGAAAGAAAAUGAAGAAUUGCAUCAGGAGCUAAAUAGAAGCAGUCCUGUUACCAGCAAGGAAUGGCGUCAGCUUCAGACUCACGCAGAACUGGUUUUAGAGGAAAACAAGUUGUUGAUAGAGCAGUUGGAGAUUCAGCAAAGAAAAGUCAAGGACACCCACCAGGAGCGUCUCCAGGAAGUUUCUAAGCUGACAAAACAACUCAUGCUUCUGGAGACUAAAACCCAGAGCCAAGAAAAGGAGCUAACUCAAAACAAGGAGCAAAUGGAAAUUUUGCGUACCGAAUGCCAGGAACUAAAAACACGCUUGGAUGGCAAAAUUGCAAUGAACGUCCAUGCUUCGAUUGUAAACGAAUUAAAAAGCCAGUUGCAGAAGGAAGAGGAGAAAGGAGGUGCUGAGCUAGAAGAACUGAUGGAAAAGCUGGCCGUCCUGCAAAUGCAGAAAAAGAGCCUGCUGUUAGAGAAGAACCGCCUGACAGCUGAAAACAAAGCACUGGGAGCUGAACUCGAAAGGGCACAGAAAAUAAAUAGGAGGUCUCAAAAGAAAAUUGACGUCCUCAAAAAGCAGGUGGAAAAAGCCAUGGAGAACGAAAUGUCUGCUCACCAGUACCUGGCAAAUCUUGUUGGCCUGGCAGAGAAUAUGACCCAGGAACGCGACAGUCUUAUGUAUUUGGCUAAAUGUUUAGAAAGUGAAAAGGAUGGAGUUCUCAACAAAAUCAUAGAAGGCAACAUUCGCUUGGGAAAGUUAGAGGAAAAAAUCAAGGGGUACAAGAAGCAGGCAGCACUGAAAGUGGGCGACAUCAGUCACCGUCUGACAGAGCAACAGGAAGACUUUGCUAGCAAAACCGCUCAGUACCAGCAAGAGAUGAGACACCUCCAUCAGAUGCUGCGGGACAAGCAGGGUAUCCUGGAGCAGGCACUGCAGCAGAAAAGAGAAAUGGAAGGCAAGCUUGAGGUUGUCUGGGAGUCUACCUCUAAGGAAAACCAAAGAAUCCGAGAGCUUCUGCAGGCCACGCUGGAGAGGACUGGCACGUGGGAUGGCACUGGGGAGGCGUGCUGGACGGCUGCGGCUCCAGCUACCGUGACAUGAAGCCACCUCCCACCACCUGCCACAGCCCGGGCCGUGACCAGGACCGCUCGGCCCUGGAGCGCUGCCUUUCCCCGGACCAGAGACACAGGACAAGGGCAGGCACCCGCCUCGCACCACAGCGUUUCUCCUCCUCGGGGCGAGGUAGAAACAAACUGUCUCGGACAUUUACUCCAUUUUUUACACGUUACUUUAUGUAAACAAUACAAUGCUAAACUUGA